AUGGCUGUCACAACAUUUGGCACUACCAGACAGGUUGCUUUGCCACAAAUAUUUGCCACAGAAUCCAUGCAGGCAUGUCAGUCUUCGAACAGACGAGACUGGCACUGCCCAGUCUGCCUGCAGACGGCCAGAUUCCCAGUCCAGACGAACUGCGGCCAUUUGUUCUGCGCUCCCUGUCUUAUCGCCUAUUGGAGGCAUGGGUCAUGGUUAGAUGCAAUCAGUUGUCCUCUUUGCAGACAGAAGGUCAGCGUGCUCUGCCACCUGUUCAGCGAGACCCGAUCAGACCAGCAGUCAAAAGAAGUUCUCGAUGAAAUCACAGCCUACAACAAACGUUAUUCUGGAGCUCCGCGCAGGGUAACUGACUACCUCUGUGACACCCCCCUGCUUCUGCAGUUACUGGUUCGUGGCCUGGGCACCAUGGGAGGACUCGUGUGGCUGUUUCUGUUCAGGGUUGCCCUGUGCUGCGUGGGGACCGUGAUGUCCAUCUCCUCCCCUGCUCUGGAUGCCGUGUCUUCAUCGAGCACCCUAGAAACAGACCCCUCUCUCUGUGGACUGCUAGGUCUCCUGGAUGACCUGGUGGUGGUCAUCCUGCUCCUUAUCUGUGUUAUCAAUAUCAACCAGCAAAUAGCACCAGAGAGAGGACAACCUGGAAAUGCUACAACCUCACAGGGAGUGAUGGGAGAUUCACUUUAGAGAGCAUGAGCAGCUGGAGCGUGGCAGCACAAGCUGUUAGACAUGGACUUUUAUUGAAUUUCUUCCCUCUGGCUGGAUUAGUGGUUAGAAGAAUAUUGACAACUGCACAGCAUGCAACAGUCAAGGUGUUAGAGGUUGUCUGAGCCUCCCUAAAUGUAGAUUCAG